CAGACGCGAGUGGCCGAGGUCGAGGCUCCAGGCUCGGCUUGUGAUCCGCGCGCUCCCCGUGUGAAAGAAGAUGCUUCGCCCAGGAUGGAAAGAGGAGAGCAUCUGACACCCGGAGGAGACGCCGUGACUCGGCUCAACGCCACGACCAACAUGGCCGCUCCAUCCUUCAACCUCUCCGCCCUUGCCCCGUCCUUCACCGGCGCCGGCAACUGCAGCGACGCGGCAGCGGGGCAUUCAUCGCCACCGUACAACUUCUACGCCGUGCUGCUGGUGCUGCUCAUCUUCUUCGUGGUCUUCGGCAACGUGCUGGUGUGCGUCGCCGUGUCGCGGGAGCGCGCCCUGCAGACCACCACCAACUACCUCAUCGUCUCGCUGGCGGUGUCCGACCUGCUGCUCGCCACCCUGGUCAUGCCCUGGGGGGUCUACCUGGAGGUGGUGGGCGAGUGGCGCUUCAGUCUCAUCCACUGCGACAUCCUGCUCACGCUGGACGUCAUGAUGUGCACCGCCAGCAUCCUCAACCUGUGCGCCAUCAGCAUCGACAGAUACACGGCGGUUGCCAUGCCGAUGCUGUACAACACCCGCUACAGUUCCAGGAGGAGGGUGGCCGUGAUGAUCGGUGUAGUUUGGUUCCUCUCCUUCGCCAUCUCCUGCCCGCUGCUCUUUGGACUCAACAACACUGCGGGCCGUGAAGGCACCACAUGCAGCUUCGCCGACCCGGCCUUCGUGGUGUACUCCUCCGUGGCGUCCUUCUACGUGCCCUUCAUCGUCACGCUGCUGGUGUACGCGCAGAUCUGCGUGGUGCUGCGCAGACGCGGCAGACGCACGGCGCCGCCGCGCAGGCACGGCUUCAGCGGGCGGGCCGGCGCCGAGGUGGCGGACGCGGCCCGGCGCCACCGGAAGAAUCGGUGCACGCAGCCUGAGGACGUCAAGCUGUGUGCUCUCAUCCUCAGACCCUCCACUGCUGCCCCCCAGCACAGGAGAGUGACCUUGGCCAAAGAGGCAGUGGUGCACCCCCUAGAGGUGGAGCCAGGUCGCUUCCUGCCGCAGACCGAGCAGAGCUUGGCUCCGCCCCCUGACCCCCAAACCUCUUCCCACCCGCACCCGGGCCGGGCCAGGAUCUCCCUGUCCAUCUCGGUGGGUCCCACUCCGUCCGCCCUCCCUUCCACAGUGACGCGCUCGGCCCUGAUGCCCCGCCCCCCAACCCUGGAGGGCGGCAUGAGGGGCCGCGAGGGUUGGCGGGAGCACAGCGGGGGCCGGGACAGGUGGGCGGGCACCAAGGAGCGAGCGAGGGGGAGGAUGUCGCAGCAGAAGGAGAGGAAGGCCACGCAGAUGCUGGCCAUUGUGCUUGGUGUCUUCAUCAUCUGCUGGCUGCCCUUCUUCCUGACCCACGUGCUGAAAGCCCACUGCACCAGCUGCUGCAUCUCGCCCUCGCUCUACAGCGCCGUCACCUGGCUGGGCUACCUCAACAGCGCCGUCAACCCCGUCAUCUACACCACCUUCAACAUCGAGUUCCGCAAGGCCUUCAUCAAGAUCCUCCUGUGCUGAGGACACUCGGUGGACACAGGAAGCACUGCAGACUUUAGUUCCGAACUAGACAAUUCAAGAAGUCCAAAAUGGACACAUGGACGGUGACGACAUGAAUUUUUACAUUUCUCUAAGCAGCGACACCAAGCUGCACCCGGCUCACUGUGUUGGGUUUUAGGUCUUUGAGGUCCAGUUCGGUGGGUGAAGGAACAACUGAUCUACACCACCUUCAACAUUGAGUUCCGCAAGGCCUUCAUCAAGAUCCUCCUGUGCUGAGGACACUGGGUGGACACAGGAAGCACUGCAGACUUAAGUUCCGAACAAGACAAUUCAAGAAGUCCAAAAUGGACACAUGGAUGGUGACGACAUGAAUUUUUACAUUUCUCUAAGCAGCGACACCAAGCUGCAGCCGGCUCACUGUGUUGGGUUUUAGGUCUUUGAGGUCCAGUUCGGUGGGUGAAGGAACAACUGAUCUACACCACCUUCAACAUCAAGUUCCGCAAGGCCUUCAUCAAGAUCCUCCUGUGCUGAGGACACUCGGUGGACACAGGAAGCACUGCAGACUUAAGUUCCGAACAAGACAAUUCAAGAAGUCCAAAAUGGACACAUGGAAGGUGACGACAUGAAUUUUCUCCUUUCUCUAAGCAGCGACACCAAGCUGCAGCCGGCUCACUGUGUUGGGUUUUAGGUCUUUGAGGUCCAGUUCGGUGGGUGAAGAAACAACUGAUCUACACCACCUUCAACAUCGAGUUCCGCAAGGCCUUCAUCAAGAUCCUCCUGUGCUGAGGACACCCGGUGGACACAGGAAGCACUGCAGACUUAAGUUCCGAACAAGACAAUUCAAGAAUUUUCACUUUUCUCUAAGCAGCGACACUAAACAGCCGGCUCACUGUGGUGGGUUUUAGGUCUUUGAGGUCCAGUUCGGUGGGUGAAGGAACAACUGAGCACUUGUUGACGAGGUGGUGGGCGGUCUGUUCCUUGGCACCACAUGGGCAGGCCCCAGCAAUGCAUGGUGGUAUUGAAACCUGUAUGAAGAUGUUUCAAUGUUGUCCAAUCCUUGCGAGGGAAGUCGUGCCUGAAAGUAAACAUGUGUUCCGGUUGAGGGAAAAUUGGGCUGGUUCUCCGGGCUGGGACCAUAUUGAAGUUGGAGCCAAGUAGCGACCAACGUCUUGGUCUCUUGGAGCUAAUAUCAUUUUGUGUAGGGAGUGGUUCACGUCCCCCGGAGAGAACCCACGAAGUCACGAGGAGAACAUGCAAACUCCACACAGAAAGAUCCAGAGCCAAGGAUCGAACCUAGGACCUUCGAAUUGCGAGGCACACGUACUAACCCCUAAAUUGGCCCUAGUCUAUCUGUGUUGGCCCUGUGAUAAGGAGCGACUUGUCCAAGAUGUACCCCGCCUUCCGCCCGUGUGCAGCUGGGAUAGGCUCCAGCACCCCCCGUGAUGGAUAGAUGGAGUGGUUUGCUACGAGUCGGUGAAGUGACAUGAGGUUAGGGAUGAGAUUUUUUUUAAAGUUCUUGAUCAGAAUAGGUGACAAAGGGCAGCUUAGGCCGAUUCUGUUCAUAACUUUUAUGGACACAAUUUCUGGGCGCAGUCAGGGCGUUGAGGGGAUCCGGUUUGGUGGCAACAGGAUUAGGUCUCUGCUUUUUACAGAUGAUGUAGUCCUGAUGGCUUCAACUGGCCAGGAUCUUCAGCUCUCACUGGAUCGGUUCGCAGCCGAGUGUGAAGCGACCGGGAUGAGAAUCAGCACCUCCAAGUUCGAGUCCAUGGUUCUCGACUGGAAAAGGGUGGAGUACCAUUCCCGGGUUGGGGAGGAGAUCUAGCCCCAAGUGGAAGAGUUCAAGUGCCUCGGAGUUUUGUUCACGAGUGAGGGAAGAGUGGAUCGUGAGAUCGACAGGCGGAUCGGUGCGGCGUCUUCAUUAAUGCGGAUGCUGUAUCGAUCCAUUGUGGUGAAGAAGCAGCUGAGCCGGAAGGCAAAGCUCUCAAUUUACCUGUCGAUCUACAUUCCCAUCCUCACCUAUGGUCAUGAGCUUUGGUUUUUGACCGAAAGGACAAUAUUACGGGUACAAGCGGCCAAAUGAGUUUCCUCCGUCGGGUAGCAGGGCUCUCCCUUAGAGAUAGGAUGAGAAGCUCUGCCAUCCGGGAGGAACUCAAAGUAAAGCCACUGCUUCUCCACAUCGAGAGGAGCCAGGUGAGGUGGUUUGGGCAUCUGGUCAGGAUGCCACCCGUACGCCUUCCUGGGGAGGUGUUUAAGGCACGUCCGACCGGUAGGAGGCCACGGGAAAGACCCAGGACACGUUGGGAAAACUAUGUCUCCCGGCUGGCCUGGGAACUCCUCGGGAUCCCCGGGAGGAUCUGGGAAAAGGGAAGUCCUGGCUACCCUGCUUAGGCUGCUGCCUCCGUGACCCAACCUCAGCUAAGCAGAAGAAAAAGGAUGGAUGGAUGGUUCUUUCUUUUUCAGAGCCGGUUCCCAGUGAAUCGAUUCAUUAGAAUCGCUUUCCAAUUUUUCAAACGAUUCCCUUAACGAUUCCUUCGGGCUGGAAUGACGCCAUUACGCAACAUUUGUAGUCACUAAGCAACAGGUGUAGUGACGUCAUACAGCAAGAAACAUGGCGCCCAAAGCUUGGCUGUAUUUUACGAAAUAAAGUUGCAAGAUUGCUAUUCGGACUUAAGGAGGACUUACAAGCAGUAUGCUGAAACUUGCAAUAACUCUAAAUGUCGCGUUUUUGAACUGCUUGGAUCUCAUCCCAGCAGCAGUCAUCUGUGGUGAAUACAACAGGUACCAACUAUAACGUUAGCGCCAUUCGCCUAAUUGUCAAAGCUGCUAAUUACCUGUUUUAUUGAAAUGAAUGUUUUCUCAUUUAGAUGUGACAGAUUCUGACUACGAAGUUUAGGGUCAACCAUUUGCCACAGUAGAUGCUCCUGAUUUUCGGUAGGUGAAUGCAAUUGUAUUUGGAGAAAA